AUGGCUCAAAAAGGCACUAAGGAGACGAGAGCAGCCGAAGCGCUUGCUAUGAAGGACGAGCAGAUGAAAAUCCUCGGCAGUCAAAACGCCCAACUGCUGACUUCGCUCAAUGCAAUGGACGACGAGAUCGGCACGUUGAAGAUGAACAAGCUCAGGCUCGAAGAAGAGAACCGCAGCCUUCGUGACCAGAACUUCGAACUACAAAGCAAAGCUCGUGCCGCUGAAACUACACUCAUUAAAGCUCAGACUGGCAUUGAGGAGCGCGAGACUCAAGUGAGAGUACUAACCGACCAUAACACAGAGCUGCUCCGUCUUCUAGAGCACGAGGAAGCACAGAGUUCGUCUUUAGCUUUAAGAACAACCCAACUCAAGUCAGAUCUCGAGGCAUUAGAGACGCGUUAUGCCUCUUUAUUGGCAUCUGCCAAGACCCACGAAGAGAUCGCCACUCGUGCAACUCGUGAAGGUCAAAUGCGAGCUGAAGAAGUGCGUUUACUACGGAACGAAAGUGACCAGCUACGUGCGUGCAAUGUCGAGAUGAAGAUGAAGACACAAGUGGAACUAGAAGCCUUACAGGAGCAGCUUCGUGUACGCAAGGAGAAGCAGUACCAGCUCUUGGAAAAGCUUCAACAACUUGAAGAAGCCAAGCGACAGAGCGACGAUCAACUCGCAUCCGCUGAAGACAAAGCCAGGAAGCUGCACGCUCGUAACCAGGAGCUUGAGACGCAGGUCCAACUCGAAGCCAAGGCCAAACGCGCGCAGAUUGACGCCAACAAGAACUUCUUCAUCGAGAAUGGCAACUUGCAACGUGAUAAGCACGAAUUACAGACUCGAUUCGACAAGGCAGAACAGGAACGUUCACGCAUGGAGGCUGAAAACCGCGACUCUGCCGAUCAACUACGAGAAAUGGCCGAAAAGGUCUUCCAACUUCUGGAACGUCUUAAGCUGGCUGAACUGGGCAAGACGAAGGCCAUCGACGGACUUAAACAGAAGGAGGUUGAGCUGCUUGCACUCAAGAAGAAGAACGCUCGACUGCUCAAAGAAGGCACACAGGAAGGUAAAGCACGCGUCAAGUCCGAACUGGACAAGAAAGUGCUGCUUGAACAGCUUCAAGCACUGAAGAAGCACAACGCCCAGCUGUCGUUACGCUGUAGUGACGAGGUCAAGGCGAAGCUGAGGGAAGCAGAUGAGCGUAAACAACUCGAGGAAAAGAUCAAGACCAUGAGUUCUCGUGUAGCCUUCCUGCUCAACAAGAUGCAAGCGGAUGAAGAAGCCAAAAUCGUUAGUAAAGAAGAAACGAAGAAGCUUCAGGCGCAACUCACAACCUUGCAGGAGAAAGGAGCAGAGCUCGCACACAAGCUCCACUCAACUGCUGAGAGCAACCGUGUGGUUACUGAAGCUCUGAGGUGUAAACAGGAUGAACUGGACGCACAAACGAUCAAAUUUGAAGCCACUCAGAAGAAAAUGGCCGAAGUGGCGCUGGCUAUGGAGCAGUCCGGCAUACCGAUGGCCACAGGAGCUGAUAACAACCAGGAGGCACAUCAGAGAGAAGCUACGCAUCCAGACGAUACAGCAGCAGUAGCAAAUGGUCGAUUCUUUGUGGAAUGUCGAGCUUCACACGGUGGUCUGUUACUCAUUAAAGCCAGACGAACUAACUUCAGCCCAAAAGCUCAGCAACAGUCCAUCGACUUUCUCGAACGAAUGGGUGUCAACACGUUCCUCAAGCGCGCGCAGAAGAGUCUGAACACCAAGCAGCUCCUUGUUGAACGCAUCGCAGCUUUUCUCACCACCAUCAUUACUUGUGAAGACGCUGUAGCGGAUGUCAAGGAGCAGCUCGCAGCAAAAGAUGACCAAAUCGGACACUUGUCCAGAAAAAUUCGCUGGAUGCAGGAACGAUUGACCACUGAGGAAGACGCGAAGCGCAAGACGUUGCUGCGGUAUGUGCACGAAGUCAAGUCUCGCGCCCUGACAGUGUCUACGGAUUUAAGUGAUGAGCGUAAUUCUGGCAUUUUGAAGCUCCCUGAGAGUGGGGUGGGGGACGAAGAAGUGCACGCCAUUGCUGCUCUCUUGCGUAACGCUACCAAUGUCCGUGAACUUCAAUUGCGAGGCAACGCCAUCUCCAGUGAAGGAGCACGAGCCAUUGCAGCAGUGUUGAAUAUUUCAUCAUGUCGCUUGCGUCAAGUUGACUUGAGGAAUAACCAGAUCGGCAAAGACGGCAUCAAGGUGCUGGCAGAGGCACUGGAGCGCAAUGAGCGUAUCAAGCACGUGUAUGUACACGCUGGUGGUAAGAUCGAAGCACUCGGCACUACAUCUCCAGUGUCUCAGGCCGCCAUUGUUAACGCACAAAUCUCCAGUGCUGCAACGCUGGGGAGCUCCGGGCCAACUCAUGCGUCACUUAUUGGCGUCGAGACUGUCUGCGUCGUGGACGUUCGAGAGCAGACGGAAGCAGACACCAGCAGUGCCAGUACCAGUCUUCUGAUUGACUUCGCGGACGAUCCGCGUGUCACUGCUGGACAAUUAUCGACAACAGGACUGGGCAGCACACUCAAGUUGAAGCUGACAGGCAUCAAUGGAGACGCUGGCAUGCAGCCCAUGGCCUCGGUAAACGAUCGGGACAGUAGCAACCGGCUCUUCUUGCGACGACCGUUGUCUGCUGCUGCGUUGAAGCGACAACGUGAACGUGUUGCCCUGGAACGAAAGAAACGGCAAGAAGAAGCCAAGCGCCAAGCUCGUAAAGAAGCCGAGUGGGCAGGUCGAUCCGGUGGGAUGGAGUCCAGUCCUUCACACACCAAGAAGUUGCCACCGAUUUCGACAAACUCCAGCGGAAAGAGCGUGACACGAAUUAGCUCAGCACCUGUACUUCUCAAGAAUAAAGAAGCCGAGGCAGGCGAUCCCGCCGAGAGCUGA